AUGGAUGACUCCGAUAGUGAAUCAAUAGUCUCCACCAUCGUCAGUGAGCACGACUCUGACGAGGAAUGGAACGUGAACGAAAUCUUGGCCGAAUGGCCUAUCGACGGCCUCCCACGAUAUCUCAUCGAAUGGGAGAAUUUUGAUUUGUGCGAGGCAACCUGGGAGCCUGUAGAAAACCUGAGCAAUGCCCUCCUGGAAGGUUGGGAGAGAACAAAAUCGCGGGAUGAUUUUGAUAUGUUCAAGAACAUUCGAGAUUGGAAGAAUGCUGUCAAGUCCAAAUAUGCUGCCAAGCUCGACCGCCACCAAGAAAGAAAUCGGCGCAGAAGGCUGAGAGGCGAAGAGGAAACCUCGUUCAUAGAGAUGGAAGAUCAUCUGAAAUGGGCUGAUCGAUUUCCGGAUGGUGAAGAGGCCAGUGGUUCUAUCGUCUCUAGUCCAUCUGUAGCCACAGACAUCGAUAUGGAUGUUGAGGUCGGACAACUGUCACAACAUUCUUUCGACAAAACACAAAGAGCUUCCGUAAGCUUAAGUGAAGAAAGUUCGCCAAAAAGUAGUCGUCAAAACAGCAUAGCGUCUGUCCAUCAUCCUUCACGACCGCCAUUGAACUCAGCUGCGACUACAACUACAGCCAGUCAGAAGCCCCCACUGCGACGGCAACCAGGCAAAGUCCUUGCUGACAAUAAGAGACCACCACAAAAGCCAGUGGCUUCGAGCAACCUCUUGUCAUCAAAGUUCGGCGUUCGUGGACCGAUAAAGCGGACCGAUAGUCACCUACGCAAGGGGCAACCGACAAAGGCUCGCAAGACCCGGCCUGCGCAAGCCUUCACAGGAAAUGUGUUUUCAGGGGGCACAGUGAGAAAGCAGCGCACGACUCUCGCCGAAGCUGCUAAAGAUUCCACAAAACAGUCGAAACUUUUGAAGCCAAGGUAUGUGAAUCUCAUACAGAAAGCAGGCCGCGACAGAGAAAGCGCUGCGCCCGCAAGGCUACCGACAGACCUCAUCUCUCUGAACCCAGCAGAGCGAUCUGUCAACGGUCUUACUGCCUUACCGCUGCGCCCCGAGAUUCCGAACGAAACAGUCAAACCCCUCCGACAAAACCAGAACUCUACUGAAACCAUGCCCGAGGCCCCAAGGUUAAAGCCCAAGAAGUCAAUUAGUUGGGGCACCGUUGAAGAGGCAAUGAUACCCGCCCGCGGAGAAAGAGAGGAAAGUCUCUUCUUGCGCGAGGAUUCUCUCAUUCGAGCGACGACCCCAAUCAAGAUAGAAGACGACUCUCGUGAAGCCGAGCAAAACACCGGGCCACAAUUCGGGUCGACCUUCCAGACGAAGGCUUCAGACAAUCAAGAAUGUUGGGCUGGGAGAGCCCCUCUUAUGAACGACGAAUCGAGCUCUUCUAACAAGUCCAUCACCACGGAGGUGCAGUUUGGCCCAGGAAGUCGGGAAACAUUCUCGGUUAUUUUUGAAAGAGACGAGGAUCAGAAUGGGCAGCCUUGGUCGAGUAUCUUUGAACAGCACCCCAUCCUAAUCUUCACACACUCUUGUAUGACGCAGGACUUCUGGUCUCAAGAGGCUUUCUUAGCUGCUGCUAAGCUGGGCACCGGCUCAGUGAUAAGCAGUGGCGACCCAGAUAGCUUGGCUACAGUUGCGAAUUGGCUCUGUGUAAGGUCUGUUGGAGUCCUCCUGUAUCAACAAGAACUGUGCAUCUUCCUAUAUGCAUCCUUUGACAAGUCUGUGUUGCUACAAUAUCACUUGUUUCGGCCUUCUUCGCACCUGACAACGCGCUCGCUUGCGCCGAUUGUACUUCCAGAGGGAGUUGGCGGUGGCGACGUUCUGCCACAAAUGAUACCGACAGUUUUCAACCGGCUUUUGGGAUUCCAGUACGAGCAAUUACUACCAGAAAAAACCCUCAUGGAUUAUGGCAACCACAACUUCUUCUUGGUAUUUCCAACGAAUGCCGUGGAAGAAGCUUACUUUCUGAGCGCAUGGCUGCGAAGCUGCAACCCUCAGUGUAGGUUGCUUUCUAGCCUCACCACUGGACACUGGGCUAGCUUCAGGAAGCUAGGCCAAGGCGUGGUCAUUGUGCAUGAAGAAGCAAUAUGGGCUACGCGACUGUUUCCUUCGGUCUGGACUGUCCUUCACAACGUGCACAACUUCAAUUUCCGCUUGUUUUCUAUAUCUCUGCAACCUUCGCCCUUUUAUCCCUCUCUUGGCCAACCAUCCCGGAUUGGGGAUGUCACUCUGCAAACUAUCUGCGGACAAAAGAAAGCUGUAUUAGUUACUCCCAGUUUUGUUAUCUCACAACCUCAGCAGGCCUGGGCUUUCUUCAAGUGGGCUUAUAAAUAUUGGCAGCAACAUCGCGGCACUUUUACGCUCAUUGUAUGUGCCGACUUUGAGAACUGGGUUCACGAGGUAGCUGUUAUGGUCAAGGAAGACUGGGAGACGCAUCGAGAAAGUACCCGAGUACGCGAAGAAGACAAAGCGACAGCGGAGAAAGAGAUUGAUGCUCUUUUCAAGUGCUCGCAACAUGUCAGAGAGGUAGCAGGACCUUCAGACGAUGAUCAAUCGGUUGUGGUGUUCGCCCCUGAUUCGAUUGAUGGCAACGAUGAGCAGAGUCUUGUCAAUUGGUUCGGGUGGUGGUCUAUUCUGAAUUUAGACCAGUAUCGGCAUUUUACCGUGGUUGGAUCAAGCUCCAAUACUGCCAUCCAGAGACUCACUCACCAGAUCCGGAUCCCCCAAUAUACUCCCUCAACUUCGGGUAACCCAGACGAGGUUUGGGGAAAAGUUAACCCUGCCGCCUCCUCCCUUGUCGCGCAGAAUCAGCCAGCUUCGGAGAGAGCACCUCAGAGAAGACUACAAUUAAUCCCCUCUGAUGACGGAGUAUCGUUCCAGCACUUCCUAAGACAACUGGAAAGCGAUAUUCGGGACAGGUCUUGGGGCCCCCAGACAGUCUUCAAUCGCCCCGUCUCUUACUGGAAUAUGGAUAUGGCACAUGAAUUCCCCGAGUUCGGAACAUACGAUAGAUGUCUUCACUAUUUUAACGCAAAAAUUCAUGCCCAUACCUUUAUCAAUACUGGUGUGGCCUUCUGCUACACGACUGACGGAUCCUGGAAGUACGGCGACAAUCGAGAAACCACUAACAAGAAUCGACGGCCGUGGAUUGCUGUAUACAGACCUGUUGAGUUAUUCAGGAAGCCUUGGCGUGAGAUGGAGUUGAUAAUAUGGGAUCCUGUCAUGAAAAUGCCGGACAAUGCACACGUUUACGAUGGGCAACUUAUUGAAGCACAACGCGAAAUGAUACGGCUUGCAGAAGAGUCUUACAACAAAUUGCCACUAGUGAAAGUAUGGAUUAAGGGAUCAAAUGUGAUUCCACAGGGGCUGACCGAUCCUGUCGAUAUUACUAUCCACCAGCUUCAGCAUCUUAUGAAGAAUCUGAAGGUAUCUAUUCCAGCCGGACAUCCAGCAAUGAGGUCUCAGGGAUGGAGGGAAGUCAGGUCAGGAAAUCCGCCCAUCAGAUCACGGUCACCCUCUCCACAGGCAAUGGACGUUGAUGAACCUACGGGGACAGAUGAUGCGGCAGAUGAGGACCCGAAGAUUGUCUUCCAUGCUCCUCGUGGGAAGAAUAUGGAUCGGCCGACCAAAUGCAAAAACCGUCUGUUUAUGCAUUGCGAAAAUAAAAGGAGUGAGGGGUACCGUGGAAGAACGAUGGAUUUUGUCUUCAGACCAACUCUGGACUGGUACGAUGAGCAGGUACAAGAAGGCCGUGGUUUCGAGCAUAUUAGGGUUAUGCCGUGGCCAGCGUUUUUCUCGAAACACCUCAUCGAAGUCCCUGAGCGACCCGAUGUGGGCUCAGAGAAGAGAGGUCAGGAGGCAAGAAAAUAG